UUACAUUUAUCAUUUACUCGCUAGUUACUAUUGCUAUUUUAUUUAAAACAUUACAACCUUUAGAAUUAAUAAACACUAGAUUUAAUUGUUCCCUAGCUCCUUGUGGAUUCGAUCCCUAAGUACUACAUCUGAACCUCUUUUGAUGAGAGUAACACUCCUCAGGGUAAUUUGAGUGGUAUCGCUCGGUCUCGGCGCUUGUUAACGAGGUCGAGAUCGUCUAAGAGCAUGGCGUUAUUAAGCUCUUCUCGUUUGGGUAGCAAUCUUCUUCGAACACCGGGGAAAUUGACUUCUGCGGGAAUCAUGCAUUCCGUUCCGUAUACGAGAGCGAAAGGCGUAUCUCCCGUUGCUCGCCUUGGGGUGGUGCAAUGGGACCAGAGGAAUCCCUCGAGUUCGUUGGCCCACCUGCCUUUUUAGCCUCAAGGCGUUUUUAAGUCCGUCAAGAAUAGUCUUAUUGAUCGUUUUGGCUUGUCCGUUCCAUUGUGGAUACCUGGGGGUUGAUUCUUUCAUCCAGUGAGGAUCCUACUGAGGAGUAUGAUGAGGAUUACUGGAAGGAAAGAGCUACAGAGAUUGCUACGCAGGAUGAAAGAUAUUCAACCCAUUCCUUCAACAACACGCCUACACCAUCGAUCGACAUCAUCUACUCAGCAUCGGCCGAUUCCCACCCUCAUCCGGCAAAACGAUCAUCUGAAUCGAUCGAUACCGCACCUGGUACAUCGAUCGAUAUUAAAGUCACCGCCUCAGAAAAGGAAAAAGGAAAACAGAAGGAGUUUUGCACUCAAGAGUACUUCUCACUAAACAGAAGCAUAAAAGAUGAAUGCUCCCAUACACCAAUCGGAAGGAACAUCCAGGAGAAGCAUUCGAUCCAAAAUCCCUUAUUCAGCAGACAAACGUCUACCAUCGAUCGAUACCUCAAUAUCAACAUCGAUCAAUUAUCAUUCUAAACCUAAACUUUCUUUAUCUACUAAGAAUAUGAGUAUUGAUUACGACUUUCUAUUGCCUUAUGAAUUUGGUAUUUUCAGGGACCAAGAUGGCUAUGCAAGAGCUAUGGAUGGAAGGAUUCUACAAGUAUCUAGAGAGGACAUAGCAAAUAUUGUUCAGUUGGCCAAUGGAAUAGACAACUUGUUUACGCAACAACGCAGCAUCCCAGACAACAAUCCAACUGUUCCAGACGAAUAUCCAGAGGCUACAAUAACAAGAAUUGGUUCACACCAAACGUGCAAACCUGUUAGCCAUGCAUCGAUCGACGAGGUUGCUUCUACAUCGCUCGACAGGGUAACACCAACGUUGCUCGAUAAAGCAUCUUCACCAUCGAUCGAUAGACGGUAUGAAUGUGGACGUCGCGCUUAUGACAGCUAUGAAGCCAGAAAGUUCAGAUGGGAACCGAAAGACGAAUAUGGAGUCUUUAGUGACAAGUCUGGACAUGCAAGGAGCACAGCUGGUCAUAUGAUUCAUGUUACCAAGGAUGACAUCAGGAAAAUUUUGGAGAGAGCAUCCCUAUUUGGAGAGGGUCACAUAUGUCUUCCAGAACAUGCCACUUCUUUCACACCUACAACACUGGCACCAGAGAUCUACACCAAGGAUGAAAUCAGUGAGAUGGUGACUGGUAUUUGUGGAACUCAGGAAAAGCUUGGAGAAGAACUCAAGACAUUGGUAGAUAACACUUAUCAGCCUUUGGACAGAGUUACAAUCAGCUUUUCAGAUGUAUGGCAGAGCUGAGGACAAAGAUUGAGAGUAUGCACCACAACCUUGAGAAAGAAGCUACGACAUCAAUAUCGCCAACAAAUCAACAUUGAUCGACGUCAAGCCACAUACAUCCCAGAUUCCUGUAGAACCGAGUUUGGAAGAGAAGAAGGAUUAAUGGGAGAUCGCAUACAUCAACACUAGGAUUUACGAUGUUUACAACCCUCUCAACAACAACGUAGACUGGUUGAGCACGAGAAUUGAUUUGCUACAACAAGAACUGGACACCAUUUGUAUGAAUGAUCCACAACCAGCCACAUCGAUCGAUAUCUGCAACAUGACAUCGAUCGACACAAGGUUCGCAGCAAUGGAGGAUAGGUUGAAAUCAUAUGAGGAUAUGCACGACCAUUUCACCUCACUUAUCAUGCGCUACUUGGACACCUUGUCUACACAUAUGAUGAAUGUCUAGAAGGACAUUGGUAAGCUUAAUGAUCAAUAUAACUUUCAGGAAGAAGGUUCAACAUCGAUUUAUAGGUUCCGCAAAACAUCGCUCGACGACAAGAAACCUACAGAACAUCUUCCCUACACAGCAGACACAGUUGAUCAGAUCACAUCAAAGCUUUACAAUGCUAUAGACACCUUGGAGGACCGACUUGAGAAGCGGUGUGAUGACAUCUACUUUCCAUUCGACGUCAAAAUCAGUGGACUAGAUAACCAAGCAGAAUGGCUACAUAAGGAAGUCAAAGCCAUUCAAAAGGCAACUCACAUCUCAACACCAGAUAUCAGCAUCGAUCGACGGAGCACACUCCAAAUCGAUCGACAGUGCUACACCAGCAACGAUCGAUAGACACUUGAUCGCAUCGAUCGAUACCAGACGACGCGCAGCUGAUACCAAACCACAUAGAGACAAUGCAUGAGCAACUGAACGAGCUAUCAGAAUACGCCUACAACAAGAUAAGCUGGUAUCAGUUCAGCAUUGAAGACAUCCUAGAAAGGCUAAAGAACAUCUCAAAUGCAGUACAAAAAAUGGAUGAGAGAUGAACCAGAAAUUAUGAGGCCACAAGAAGUUUCAUUGCAGCUUGGUCCAGAAUGUGCAGAGAUGAGGUGGAUGCUUGUUUCCCAACAAGUAGCUGUUUUUCCACCAACUAGCCACAUACCUCCAAAGUCAAGCUAAAUGACUAUAACAAAGCGCUGAGUGGGAUGCAACCCACUAUUAGGUAAUUUUAAUUAGUUUUCUUAGUUAUUGGUAUUUAUUUUCGUUUUUAUUAUUUCAAAUUUAUUGCAAGACCCAAGUAGGAUGAUUACCAACAUAUUAACUGUGGAUGAGACGUCGACAUCGAUCGACACACACACACACGACGAUCGAUGCAUACCUAUGCACAUCGAUCGAUUCCUACUCCGGUCAGGUUUAUCUUCCUAACUUGUUACAUUUGUACUUAUGAUUUAUUUCCACCAUAUCUCUGACUGUGUUACACUGGGACAAUGUAAUUUAAGUCUGGGGAGAGGUUUACUGAUAUGAUUUAUUCUGAUUCUUAUAAAAAGAUUUUUUUAUAGAUUAUGCUUAGCUAUGUGAAAGGGACUAUGAUUUUAUUACUUGAAUGUCUAACCACUCUUUACCACCAUUCUAGAUUUACUGAUUGCAAAUAGUACUAAGAUGCUAAAGUGAAUCAACCUGUCAACUAUACACACUUGCCUUGAUUGUUUGAAGGAACCAAAGCUGACCUCCAAUACUAAACCUGACAUAACCGCUUGUCUUGGGGCUUGGUAUAUAUGGGAUCGGAUUCUUCAGACAAGUCUGGAAGGUAAAACCUUAUGUAGAUUUAUUUAUCACAAUUUUCUCUCUCUAUUUCGACCCUAGAGUAGUUAGUAUUAGUUACUAGUUAUUAUUUUUUAAAAAAAUCCAAAAAUUAUUAUUUAAAUAGGACUUAGGAUUUAGUUAGGUGGAAUCUGAACAAGACUUGGUGGCUAUAACCAUUAAGGCUUACUUCAUAAAGAUUCCAAAUAAAGAAUUCGAACGGGACUUGGAGGCGGCAAUCUUCAAGGCUCGCUUCACAAAGAAUUCUUGGAUAUAUGU